AUGGCCGUGGCGCUGCGGUACUUGUGGCCUCUCCUCCUUUGCAGCCCCUGCCUGCUCAUCCAGAUUCCUGAUGAAUAUGAAGGACAACAUGUGAUGGAGCCACCUGUCAUCACGGAACAGUCUCCACGGCGCCUGGUUGUCUUCCCCACAGACGACAUCAGCCUGAAGUGUGAGGCCAGUGGCAAACCCGAAGUGCAGUUCCGCUGGACCCGGGAUGGCAUCCACUUCAAACCCAACGAGGAACUGGAUGUCACCGUGAAGCAGGCACCCCACUCGGGCUCCUUCACCAUCACUGGCAACAACACCAACUUUGCCCAGAGGUUCCAGGGCACCUAUCGUUGCUUCGCCAGCAAUGACCUGGGCACCGCCAUGUCCCACGAGAUCCAGAUCAUGGCUGAGGGUGCUCUCAAGUGGCCAAAGGAGACGGUGAAACCUGUUGAGGUGGAGGAAGGGGAGUCGGUGAUUCUGCCUUGCCACCCUCCACCCAGUGCAGAGCCUCUGCGGAUCUACUGGAUGAACAGCAAGAUCUUGCACAUCAAACAGGAUGAGAGGGUGACAAUGGGCCAGAAUGGCAACCUCUACUUCGCCAAUGUGCUCACCUCGGACAACCACUCAGACUACAUCUGCAAUGCCCACUUCCUUGGCACUCGGACAAUCAUUCAAAAGGAGCCCAUUGACCUCCGGGUCAAAGCCACCAACAGCAUGAUCGACAGGAAGCCGCGCCUGCUCUUCCCCACCAACGCCAGCAGCCACCUGGUGGCCUUGCAGGGGCAACCACUGGUCCUGGAGUGCAUCGCCGAGGGCUUCCCCACGCCCACCAUCAAGUGGCUGCGUCCAAGCGGCCCCAUGCCAGCCGACCGAGUCACCUACCAGAACCACAACAAGACUCUGCACCUGCUGAACGUGGGCGAGGAGGAUGAUGGCGAGUACCGUUGCCUGGCUGAGAACUCCCUGGGCAGUGACCGGCAUGCCUACUACGUCACCGUGGAGGCUGCCCCAUACUGGCUGCAUAAGCCCCAGAGCCGUUUGUAUGGGCCAGGGGAGACUGCCCGCCUGGACUGCCAAGUGCAGGGCAGGCCCGAACCAGAGGUCUCCUGGAGAAUCAACGGCAUCCCGGUGGAGGAGCUGGCCAAGGACCAGAAGUACCGGAUCCAGCAUGGAGCCCUGAUCCUGAGCAACGUGCAGCCCAGCGACACGAUGGUGACCCAGUGCGAGGCCCGCAACCGGCACGGGCUCCUGCUGGCCAAUGCCUACAUCUACGUUGUCCAGCUGCCGGCCAAGAUCCUGACCCCAGACAAUGAGACCUACUUGGCAAUCGAGGGCAGCACUGCCUACCUUCUGUGCAAGGUCUUUGGAGCCCCUGUGCCUAGCGUCCAGUGGCUGGACAAGGAAGGAAAGACGGUGCUACAAGACGAACGCUUCUUCCCCUACACCAAUGGGACCCUGGGCAUUCGAGACCUCCAGGCCAACGACACAGGACACUAUUUCUGCCAGGCUGCCAAUGACCAAAACAAUGUAACCAUUGUGGCGAACCUGCAGGUCAAAGAUGCCACUCGGAUCACACAGGGGCCCCAGAGCACAAUCAAGAAGAAAGGCUCAAGGGUGACAUUCACCUGCCAGGCCACCUUUGACCCCUCCUUGCAGCAGAGCAUCACCUGGCGUAGAGAUGGUCGCAGCCUCCAGGAGCUUGGGGACAGUGACAAGUACUUCAUAGAGGACGGGCACCUGGUCAUCCACAGCCUGGACUACAGCGACCAGGGCAACUACAGCUGCGUGGCCAGCACAAAGCUGGAUGUGGUGGAAAGCAGGGCGGAGCUCCAGGUGGUGGGGAGCCCUGGGCCGGUGCCGCAGCUGGAGCUGUCCGAUCGUCACCUGCUGAAGCAAAGUCAGGUGCGCCUGUCCUGGAGCCCCGCUGACGACCACAACGCCCCCAUUGAGAAGUAUGACAUUGAAUUUGAAGACAAGGAGAUGGCUCCUGAGAAAUGGUACAGUCUGGGCAAGGUGCCUGGAAACCAGACCUCCACCACCCUCAAGUUGUCACCCUAUGUCCACUACACCUUUAGAGUUACUGCCAUCAACAAAUAUGGCCCUGGGGAGCCCAGCCCGGCCUCUGAGACUGUGGUCACACCCGAGGCAGCCCCAGAGAAGAACCCCAUGGACGUGAAGGGGGAAGGGAACCAGACCAACAAUAUGAUCAUCACUUGGAAGCCACUCAGGUGGAUGGACUGGAACGCCCCCCAGGUUCAGUACCGCGUCCAGUGGCGCCCUCAGGGGACGCGAGGGGCCUGGCAGGAACAGAUCGUGAGCGACCCCUUCUUGGUGGUGUCCAACACCUCCACCUUUGUGCCCUAUGAGAUCAAGGUCCAGGCCAUCAACAGCCAGGGCAAGGGCCCCGAGCCCCAGGUCACCAUUGGCUACUCUGGGGAAGACUAUCCCCAGGCAAAACCUAAGCUGGAAGACAUCAAAAUUCUCAACGCGAGCGCCGUGCUGGUCAAAUGGUGGCCUGUGGAUCCAGCCCAGGUCAAGGGCCACCUCCGCGGAUACAAUUUGACGUACUGGUGGCAGGGCAGUCAGAGGAGGCACAGCAAGAGGCACAUCCACAAAAGCCACGUGGUGGUGCCCGCCAACACCACCAGCACCGUCCUGGAUGGCCUGCGGCCCUACAGCUCCUAUCACCUGGAGUUGCAGGCUUUUAACAGCCGGGGCUUGGGGCCCGCCAGCGAGACAACCUUCAGCACCCCAGAGGGAGUGCCCGGCCCCCCGGAGGCAUUGCACCUGGAGUGCCAGUCCGACACCAGCCUGCUGCUGCACUGGCAGCCUCCGUUCAGCCACAAUGGCGUGCUCACUGGCUACAUGCUGUCCUUCUUGCCACUGGGGGACGGGGGCGAGGAGCAGUUGUCCUUCAACCUCUCGGACCCCGAGCUGCGGGCGUACAACCUGACCAACCUUAGCCCGCACCUGCAGUACCGCUUCCAGCUGCAGGCCACCACGAAGCAGGGCCCUGGUGAGGCCAUUACGCGGGAAGGAGGCACCAUGGCCUUAACUGGGACCCCAGAUUUUGUCGGCCUCUCGGCCAUAGCCGGCGAGAAUUACAGCGUGGUCUCCUGGGUCCCCAAGGAGGGCCAGUGCAACUUCGGGUUCCAGAUCGUGUUCAAACCCCAGGGCGAUGAGAAAAUGGACGCUUCUAUCCCGCCGCAGUAUGUCAACUACAACCAGCGGUCCUACACGCAGUGGGACUUGCAGCCGGGUACUGACUACGAGAUCCAGCUGCUCAAGGAGACGCCCAAGGAGACGGUGCUCCUGGGCCAAACAUCUGUGAAGACCAACGGCACUGGCCGAAUCCGACUCCCUCCCCCCGGCUUUGCCACCGAGGGCUGGUUCAUCGGCUUCGUCAGCGCCAUCAUCCUCUUGCUUCUCAUCUUGCUCAUCCUCUGCUUUAUCAAGCGCAGCAAGGGUGGCAAGUACUCAGUAAAAGACAAAGAGGACACCCAGGUGGACUCUGAGGCCCGGCCGAUGAAGGAUGAGACCUUCGGCGAGUAUAGGUCCCUGGAGAGCGACAACGAGGAGAAGGCCUUCGACAGUAGCCAGCCAUCCCUCAAUGGAGACAUCAAGCCCCUGGGCAGUGAUGACAGCCUGGCUGACUAUGGGGGCAGCGUGGAUGUCCAGUUCAAUGAGGACGGCUCCUUCAUUGGCCAGUACAGCGGCAAGAAGGAGAAGGAGGCGGCAGGAGGCAAUGACAGCUCGGGGGCUGCCUCCCCCAUCAACCCCACAGGGACCCUGGAGUAGUGGGGUCUAGCCUGGCGAGGCAGGCGGGGUGCAGCCCAGGGCCAGGCCGCAGGGGAGUCGGAGGCCAAGACCCCCCGGCCCGAAGCCCAUUCUGGGUCCCUGACCUCGGGACCAAGGCCCCUCCCUGUCUCCACCAGGCCUCGCCCCACCCUCUGGCCCUGAGCCUGUGGGGGAGGUUUGAGUUGGGAGCAGGAGAGAGGAGUUCACUGCCUGAUCCCCUUUUGAUUACCCGCACCCCACUUUAUUGCCAAAACCCAGCUGCACUCCUUGCUGGGCACACACUGCUUUGCGCCAGCUCGGGGCCGGCUGAUCACUCGCACGUCAGGAGCCUUCAGGUGCUGCCUCGCCAGCCUUGGGCAGACGGAGGCCGAGCUGGCCCGGGAGGGGAAGUGGGGAUGGUCCCGGAGGGGUCUCCAAGAUGCUGCCUGGGGGGACCUCCUCAGGACCAGGAUUGACACUCGUCCCCAGCCACUCCUUGGCCAGCCUGGCUGGGACUGAGGAUGGAAUUCGGUGUCCCCACCAUCUGCUCCCUUUUCUUUGCCAUCUCUGCUUCCACCAGGGUGGGGGCUGGGUAAACUGGCUCUGGGUGCAGAGGAGGCCAUCAGGGGGGGCCCCCAGAGUCCCCAUGCGCCAGUAUCACCCUCCUCCUGCCGCCCACCCCACCCUGCGGCCAGCUUUCAGGAGCUCCAUACACACGCUGCCUUCGGUACCCACCAGACAACAUCCAAGUGGCCUCCAUCACUGCCAGGGUGCGGGGCGGGUACAGCUCCUCCCCACUCCCCGUGGCCCCCCCCCUCCUCUCCCAGCCGCUACCACACUCUAGGACCCCUUAGCAGCCCCGCACCCCCAGUCUGAACAGUUUUCCCCCCUCGGCCUUUCCCUCUGCCCACCUUGGAAAUGUAAAUACACCGUGACUUUGAAAAUUCCUAGCCUUGCCCUUUCCCCAUAUGCCACUAGUGUGUAGGCAGAUGUCUGAGUCUCUAGGUGGUUUCUAGGUUUUCUAGCAAUUAGCUUUGAUCCCAUCCCAGGAAAAACUCAAAACAGCCAACCAACAGGAAAGAUGGGUUCUCCCAGCUCUGCUGUGCUCCUGCCGGCAGCCCCAUCUCCCUGUCUGCCUUUGCUUGGUCUGUUGAAAAAAGCCCAGUACAAAAAAGUAUAUAUAUAUAUGUAUAUAAAUAUCAGAAUUAUAACAGGCAAAUAAAAACCUG